ACUAUGUUCCGUUGUGUGCCAGGCGAGGAGAAAAAAUUAAGAAAGCCACGGCGGCAUUGCCCGAACUAGAAGAAGCAAAUCAUUGUUGUUGCAGGUGCAUAAUACGCCCUGCGGUGAGCUUGUGCCACAGGUCACGUGGCUAGUCGAGUCGACAACAAGGAGUGAGCCGGUUGAGGCAACGCACUCGAGUCUGUGACUUUGACUCUGAAUGACCGGUGGACAACAAACGACGACCUGCACCUGGUUCCCCCUCUCGUUGCAAAGUAGUGACGGCAUACCCCUGGGCAACGUGCCCUAGUUUAUCACAUUUAUGUAAUUCACUAAGUUAUAUACUGUUAUAUACUGCUUAACAACGGGCUCAAUUGAAUAACGCCUUCGCGAGCAUCGGGACAAGCACAGCGCAAAGAAAAUUGUAUGCUCAAGAUGCUCCCUUCACUGUCACCGUCGAUUAUCCGCAUCGUGGUCUUACUGUGCCUGGCACUUUCUUGUACUGCUUUCAAUACAACCGAAAGUGAUGACCAUACAAAAGUGAAAGCCGCCACGCCAAGCAUUGAGGAUUCCUUGCGAGGACUCAUGAAGACCAUCCUUGAUCCUUCUAACCCGCUGGCCCAGAAAGUCCUCACGGCAGACUUGUCGUUCCCAUGCAGCCUGGGCCUCUUGAGGCUGGUACGGGGCCUGAAGAACCUGGAACCAUGGGCACUCAGAAUUAUUGACGCAAGUGGCAAGUACCCGACGGGCUUCCUUCAUGGCACAACGGUGGACCUUGGCUCGUUCGACGAGUGCGUGGCGACCGUGGAGCGAGACCAGCACGGAUAUGUUAAGACCAAGGCCCACUAUUGCAUGGUGCAGAUACGCUUAAUGACGGACGAAACAGCCGUGAAACACCUUGUGCAAGCGGCUGCCAUAGCCCACAAGAGGGUGUCGAAGUUUCUCAGCUACUGGAUUGACCCAGAUGCUCCGGGGGCGAGAUUGGGAAUCUGCAUUAUUGAUCAAUGCAGCGAGCAAGACAUUGAAGCUAUUGCGAAAACACUGAUAACAGACAGCCUAAACGUCACCGUGAGUGACUGCGUAAAUGGCCAGCAUCCACCAAUGAGUUCAACACAAGCCGGAAUAAUAUGUCUUCUCGCAUGCAUUGGCGCAAUGAUGUUUCUAAGCUCCUGUUUUCACUUCUAUCUUUGGCUCAGGGAUCAUCCAGCAGAUGAAGGACAGCUUGUCCGUCUACUGACCUCAUUCUCUGUGCUGAAGAACACAAAGCAUAUAGUCAACAUGGAUGAAAAAAGCUCGAGCGAUAUGUCCUUUGAUUUUAUGAACGGAAUGCGUUUCUUAAGCAUUGCUUGGAUCAUUCUAGGUCAUGUUUUCGGAGGCAUGACAGACGUUCUAUCGGGAAGAAUAAACAUGAUGUACUUUUUCGAUGAUUGGGCUUCUACAAUUUUACCAGCGGGCUUCCUGUCGGUGGACACAUUUAUGUUUCUCAGUGGCUUUCUUCUAAUCAACGCUGUUUUCCAUCAGAAAAGAAGUGCUUUCUUCAUUGCACCCAUCGCAGUGAUACGUCGAUACAUCAGGGUUGUAGUACCAGUGGUAUUUCUCAUACUGUGCAUACAGCUGCUACCACUAGCCAUACAAGGCCCUAACACAAACAAGUACUAUCGAGAUAUCCACAUGAUGGUCCAUACUCACUGGAAACAUUUUCUACUUCAGGUGUACAAUUUCAAGCACGAGAUACGAUCGAUUGCAUUGAUUCACAUCUGGUACGUUUCUACGGACUUCCAGCUAUUCCUGGUGUCCCUAGCCGUCAUCCUGGUUCUCAGAUGGUCCAAGCUUUGGUGCGUGGGGGCCUUCGUUGUCCUGGCCAUCCUAAGCUGUGUGGUGUGCACCCUGCAAAUUCACAAGACAGAGAUGAGUCCAUUCAUCAUUGGAAUGACUGAAGAAUUUAGCAUGGUGAGAAAAGUAAUGAACCUUUACUACGUGCAGCCGUUUUACCAUGCGGUAUGCUUCUUCUCUGGAUGCAUUACGUGGCUGCUAAAGGACAGCUUCAGUCGCAGCCACUUCUCGAAGGUAGUUGCUGCACUGUGCUGGAUAGCGAGUCUCGCUUGUGGUAUUACCUGCGUGUUCAUCAAGUACCCGUGGUACCAUGAAAAAGAGCCAACUGGUGAAUGGGGAAAACUAUCCACGGCUUUCUUCGACAGAAUACUGUGGUCCAUCUGCUUGUCUUGGAUUACGCUGACGUGUUCUACGAAGCGUGGAGGCAUAAUGAACUCCUUCUUGAGCUGGAGAGGUUUUGGUCCUUUGAGCAAGCUAACCUUUGCUGUUUACCUGGUCCACAUGCCUCUGUAUGACUUAAUGAACCAUUUCUGCAAGGAGCGGACAUACUUCUCUCACUUUAGUCUGGUGACGCAGUUCUUUAGCGUCUUGGUCUGGAGCUACUUCCUGGGUUACUUGUUGUACAUCUCUUGCGAAGCGCCGCUAGGCCACAUCGAUAGGCUUUUGUUCAACCACCGCAGGCAACCCAACCAUAGCAUCGAAAACAAAAAGAUAGACAACGAAAAUGCGCAAGAGAAGAGGCACAAUAUAAUUUUGAUGCCUAGUGGUGGCGUUUUCCACAAAUACCCGGUAGACUUGAAGUUUAUAGGACAGCAAUGAUUAGAGGUUCUGGAAAUUUUCUAAAGUCGCAUAGUUUUAAAAUACUGAUCCUGAAGCAAGUGUGUGCCAAGCCGUUACAACCUCAUUGAUUGUUGGUACAAACAUCCCAUAGUGGGUGUGCAUCUACGGUCGUUCAAUGCAACAUUGAGGACGCUUCAGGUAACAAUAUUUAUUUCACAUUUAGAAGAAUGCAUUUGUAACUUAUUUCAAGUUUCUAUGCGAGUAUGAAUUGUAGGACAUCCUAGCAUAAGUGCUUUGUAUCUCUUUAUGCUGACCGUCUCAUGUCUCUACAGUACAUAUCAAGACGUUUUUUUCUUAUUUCAUCCAGAAACAGGCUAAUAAUUGCACAGAAUUUUGAUUGCUGGUCACUGGCAACGCACCAUCAUCUGAAUUCCCGAUCCCUUAUACUGACCGUUUUCAAAUGAUGCUGCUUGUUUUUAAUGGCAUUGUAAUGGGUCUCUUCGGAAUUGCAUAAUAAAUGAAGCAGGUGCAAAGAAAGAGGCAAGAGGUGUGCGCUUGAAAACAUGUCGCUCAUUAAGCUCACCGUCCAAAAUACCUCCGGACACAGCUGCUGGCGACACAGUACUUUCCUUCGCAACCGUGAUAGCAUUUCCGUCAUAUAUUUUUCCUGGUAAUGAGAGUUGAAAGCGUGGUCGCCUAAAUGGAUUCAUGUAUGCACAGUUACUAAAAGCACAGUUGCCCCGCUAGAGGUGUGUGAUGGUGGUCUGCGGCUUCCUCAUAGCUUCGCCUUGAAAGGAACUUGGAGAAAGAAAGUUGAAUGUGCACCUCCUUACUCCUUCGAUGCAUCGAUUCUGCGUUAGUAAACUUGACUCCGAAAAUACAUUUAUCAAAAUUAUUAUAAUUUUGCCCAUGCUAUAUCGCUUCUUCAACUUCAUUACUAUAUUAGCAUAGAGAAAUUACCAUGCUAAAUUUAUGCUAAAUAUUGUUGUGAAAUUGCAAUCACUUUUCAAUUUUUCAGCCUUUCAACGUAUAGGUGGCUCCCAGAAAGUGCUUUCAGUGAGCCUUGACGACACGAGAUAAAACUUAGAUAUCACGUGUCCACCUUUGCCAAAGAGAAAACCUGAACAAGACAAACGAGCAAAAAUAUACCUACUUGAAAGCAUGAAACUUUCUUGUCUUUUUCGUCGAAAAGUACUAUCACUAUGCAUGCGUGAGAACGUCGUGAAAGGUUAUAGAUUAGUUCGUUUGUCUAAAAUAUAGUGAGCCAUUCUAUCUAUGCGGCCUAAAUAUACAUUUCACACCAUGUCUUCCAAAUAUAGAAUAUUGAUUGUAGAUUUGUACAUAUAUGUAUUUUUACACUAAGUUGCUUUGUAUGUAAACGCUAUGUUUGAACUCUCUUUUGUGCUGUCACCGAAACUGGUGUGGCAUAUCGUGCGCUUGCCUUCGUUAUGCACAUGAGAAAAGUUCCUUCAAUAAACUCCCUUUUUGUUCUUUU